ACGUGACGUGCGUGACGACGUGUCGGCCAUCUUGUGUUGUUGAGGCUGAGGACUGACUUGGGUUCUGAGAGACUCCCUGUCCCGGACCGCAGUGUUAAAGGACCUAAACAAAGUCUGCUCAAACCUCCUGCUGUGAACCAGCAGAACUUUUGAACAGGUUUCUCCCCAUACAAAAAAAUCUUGUGAAAUACGGAGAAAAAUGGCAGCAGAAACACAGACACUGAACUUUGGGCCUGAAUGGCUCCGAGCUCUGUCCAGUGGUGGGAGUAUUACGUCCCCUCCUCUUUCUCCAGCAUUGCCGAAGUAUAAAUUAGCUGAUUAUCGCUAUGGCAGAGAAGAGAUGUUAGCACUUUUCCUUAAAGACAACAAGAUACCUUCAGACCUUCUGGAUAAAGAAUUUCUGCCUAUCCUACAGGAGGAACCCCUGCCACCAUUGGCUCUAGUACCCUUCACAGAAGAAGAACAGAGAAACUUUUCCAUGUCUGUAAAUAGUGCUGCUGUCCUGCGAUUGACAGGACGAGGAGGAGGAGGAACAGUGGUGGGGGCUCCUAGAGGUCGAAGUUCUUCAAGAGGGCGAGGCAGAGGUAGAGGUGAAUGUGGUUUUUACCAAAGAAGUUUCGAUGAAGUAGAGGGUGUGUUUGGUCGAGGAGGUGGCAGGGAGAUGCAUAGAUCACAGAGCUGGGAGGAAAGGGGUGACAGACGGUUUGAAAAACCAGGGCGAAAAGAUGUAGGGAGACCAAAUUUUGAGGAAAGUGGACCAACAUCAGUGGGGAGAAAGCAUGAAUUUAUACGGUCAGAAAGUGAAAAUUGGCGAAUCUUUAGAGAGGAACAAAAUGGAGAAGAUGAAGAUGGAGGUUGGCGGCUAGCUGGGUCAAGAAGGGAUGGAGAGAGGUGGCGGCCUCACAGUCCUGGCUGGCGGGAACACAUGGAACGACGUCGGAGGUUUGAGUUUGACUUUCGAGAUCGGGAUGAUGAGCGGGGCUACCGAAGGGUGCGCUCUGGCAGUGGAAGCAUAGAUGACGACAGGGAUAGCUUGCCUGAAUGGUGCUUAGAGGAUGCCGAAGAAGAAAUGGGCACAUUUGACUCAUCUGGUGCAUUCCUCUCUCUUAAAAAAGUACAGAAAGAACCUAUUCCUGAAGAGCAGGAGAUGGACUUCCGGCCAGUGGAGGAAGGGGAGGAGUGUUCUGAUUCUGAGGGCAGCCAUAAUGAAGAGGCCAAAGAACCUGAUAAGACAAAUAAGAAAGAGGGAGAGAAAACAGAAACUAGUGAGGAUAUACCCCAUACUUCAUCGUCAUCUGUUAGACCAGCUACUCCUUCAGACCAUCAGCCUCAGGAAGCAUCACAGUUUGAGAGGAAAGAUGAACUCCAAACUGAACAAAGGGAAAAAAGUGAAGAGGAGACUCGGGUGGAAAGUAGUCUAUCAGCCAAGGUCCCCAACAGAGUGGAGGAAAUGGUUACCGAUAUCCAGCAGCCCCUGACUCAGCUCCCUCCAGACACAGCCUCUCCUCUUCUCAUACUUCCACCUCCUGUUCCUGCUCCUAGUCCUGCCCUGCGGCCAGUUGAGAUGCCAGUUGUUGGUGCUCCUGGGAUGGGCAGUGUUUCCACAGAGCCAGAUGAUGAAGAGGGCCUCAAACACUUGGAGCAGCAAGCUGAGAAAAUGGUGGCUUAUCUUCAAGACAGUGCACUAGAUGAUGAGAGACUGGCCUCAAAACUGCAAGAGCACAGAGCUAAGGGUGUGUCAAUUCCAUUGAUGCAUGAAGCAAUGCAAAAGUGGUAUUACAAAGAUCCUCAGGGAGAAAUCCAAGGUCCCUUCAAUAAUCAGGAGAUGGCCGAGUGGUUUCAGGCAGGCUACUUCACAAUGUCUUUGCUGGUGAAGAGAGCAUGCGAUGAAAGCUUCCAGCCUCUUGGUGACAUCAUGAAAAUGUGGGGAAGGGUUCCCUUCUCUCCCGGCCCAGCUCCCCCUCCUCAUAUGGGGGAGUUGGACCAGGAAAGACUGACCAGGCAGCAGGAACUCACGGCCUUAUACCAGAUGCAGCACCUCCAGUACCAACAGUUCUUAAUACAACAACAGUAUGCACAGGUUUUGGCUCAACAGCAGAAAGCAGCCUUGCCAUCCCAGCAGCAACAACAGUUGACCAUUCUUCUACAACAGUUCCAGGCUCUGAAAAUGAGAAUAUCUGAUCAGAGCAUCAUUCCCUCAGUAACUAGGUCUGUGUCAGUACCAGAUACUGGCUCUAUCUGGGAGCUUCAGCCAGCAACCUCACAGCCAACAGUUUGGGAAGGUGGUAGUGUAUGGGAUCUUCCUCUGGACACCACAACACCAGCCCCUGCCCUGGAACAGCUUCAGCAGCUAGAAAAGGCCAAAGCUGCAAAGUUAGAGCAGGAGAGAAGAGAGGCAGAAAUAAGGGCAAAACGGGAAGAGGAGGAAAGGAAGAGGCAAGAAGAGCUCCGGAGACAGCAGGAGGAAAUUCUUCGGAGGCAGCAGGAAGAAGAGCGGAAAAGGAGGGAGGAAGAAGAGCUUGCCCGAAGGAAACAGGAAGAGGCUCUGCGUCGCCAGAGGGAGCAAGAAAUUGCAUUAAGACGACAGCGAGAAGAAGAAGAAAGACAGCAGCAAGAAGAAGCUCUUAGAAGACUGGAAGAAAGGAGAAGAGAAGAGGAAGAAAGGCGGAAACAGGAGGAAUUGUUAAGGAAACAGGAGGAGGAGGCUGCCAAAUGGGCCCGAGAAGAAGAAGAAGCAGCCCAGCGUCGAUUAGAGGAGAACCGGCUGCGAAUGGAAGAGGAGGCAGCCAGACUCCGGCAUGAGGAAGAGGAGCGGAAGAGGAAAGAGUUGGAGCUGCAGAGGCAGAAGGAACUGAUGCGCCAGAGGCAGCAGCAGCAGGAGGCCCUAAGGAGGCUGCAGCAGCAGCAGCAACAGCAGCAGCUGGCACAGAUGAAGCUUCCUUCUUCUUCAACGUGGGGCCAGCAGUCUAACACAACAGCAUGUCAGUCUCAGGCCACGCUGUCACUGGCUGAAAUCCAAAAAUUGGAAGAAGAACGAGAACGGCAGCUUCGUGAAGAGCAAAGGCGCCAGCAGAGGGAAUUGAUGAAAGCUCUCCAGCAGCAGCAGCAGCAGCAGCAGCAGCAGCAGAAACUCUCAGGUUGGGGGAAUGUGAGCAAACCUGCAGGUACCACGAAGUCUCUCCUGGAGAUCCAGCAGGAAGAGGCCAGGCAGAUGCAGAAGCAGCAGCAACAGCAGCACCAGCAGCACCAGCAACCAAACAGAGCCCGGAAUAACACACAUUCCAACCUGCACACCAGCAUUGGGAAUUCUGUUUGGGGCUCUAUAAAUACCGGUCCUCCUAACCAAUGGGCAUCUGAUAUAGUCAGUAGUAUCUGGAGUAACGCUGACACUAAGAACUCUAACAUGGGAUUCUGGGAUGAUGCAGUGAAAGAGGUGGGACCUAGGAAUUCAACAAAUAAAAAUAAAAAUAACGCCAGUCUCAGUAAAUCUGUAGGUGUAUCUAACCGGCAGAAUAAGAAAGUAGAAGAAGAAGAAAAGUUGCUGAAGCUGUUUCAGGGAGUAAAUAAAGCCCAAGAUGGAUUUACCCAGUGGUGUGAACAGAUGCUUCAUGCCCUUAAUACAGCAAAUAACUUGGAUGUUCCCACAUUUGUUUCUUUCCUGAAAGAAGUAGAAUCUCCUUAUGAGGUCCAUGAUUAUAUCAGGGCUUAUCUAGGAGAUACUUCUGAGGCCAAGGAGUUUGCCAAGCAGUUCCUUGAGCGCCGUGCCAAACAGAAAGCCAGCCAGCAGCGUCAGCAGCAGCAGCAGCAACAGCAGCCGCAGCAGCCGCAGCAGCCGCAGCAGCCGCAGCAGCAGAACUCUGUGUGGGGGAUGAACCACAGUACACUCCAUUCAGUAUUUCAGACCAAUCAAAGUAACAACCAACAAUCCAGUUUUGAAGCUGUACAAAGCGGCAAGAAGAAGAAAAAGCAGAAGAUGGUCCGAGCAGAUCCCAGUUUACUAGGGUUUUCAGUCAAUGCAUCAUCAGAGCGGCUCAACAUGGGGGAAAUCGAGACUCUGGAUGACUACUGAAGCACCCGCCACUCUUGCCACUGCACUAGCCUCCCAUCUCCUGUCUGCCAGCCAUGGAUUCUCCGCCUCUGGACGCAACACGCACUCACCAUUUAUUCUUCAUUAUUCUGCAACAAAUCACAGAACCGAUCAUCUCAGGCUUUUUUCUUCCCACCCUUUGUGUCCACAAUUCUUUAAACCAUUUUUGUUGGUGAGCAUCUCAGACUGUACAUAGUGGACCAGACCCUGCGUCUUCGGGGUGGCAGGUGGGAUCGCUCCCCAACAAGGCUGAUUUUUGGCAGCAAGUAUUCACUGUUUUGUGAUUUCAUCUACUGUCUCCCAGGAAAUGUGUUGGGAUCUACCAGUAGUAACUUACUUUUUCUUGUCCCAUUUUCCCCUUCUCUUUUGUUUUUUGUUUUUUUUUCUUCUUCUUCUUCUUCUUCUUCUUCUUCUUCUUCUUUUUUCCCUCACAAGGGCAAGGAGGUCUACCUGGUGCAAUCAUGAAGAGAGUUAAUGGUUAACAGACAUUGGCCAACAACAAAAUGCACCAUGGACUGUGACUCAAGUGUCUGACAGAGACAGGCAGAACUCUAGUCUGGAGGCUGCGUGGCUGCUGUAACUUUGGGAUUGCAUCACAGAGGCCCUGAGUGGGG